GCUUCGGUAGCCUGAGUGUCAGAGGCAGUACUGGCAGUGUCCACCCACAGCCAUAAUAGGCCUACGACGUGCGACGGCCAAGGAAGUCGGUGUUAGGUAACGACGGAUCAGCUGAAGACGGAUUGCUUGCAAGAAUUCAGGAAUUAUAACUCGACAACAUGGCAGAAGAGUCUUCUGAACCUUCCUGCCAGCUCCGUAGACGCCGCUCCGCGGGCAACCCGAACCUGCCCUUGAACCUCGAGGUGGGGUACCAGGUGAAUGAAGGGGGGCCCAGCCACGGGACCCCGUCUCCGUCUCCUGGGUGCAUCAAGUUUGCUGCGAGCUCGAGGUCGCCCACGUCUUCUUCAGCCCUUUUAGAGUUUAGGAAGAAGCAACAGUCUUUUGAUAUACAGAUCGAAGAGUGUGAAGAGGAAGAGAUAUUAAUAGAGAGUGAUGAAGAAACCGAGCCGGGCACCCCAGCUCCCAUGAUCAACCGUGCCGUGACGCCCACGCCUAUACAGGACUUCGCUGCCAACGUCGUUUACACCGAAGGUAACAUUCUCAUUGCUAUACAUACCUACCAGGGAUGUCCACAAGUAACAGAUUUCCUGAAGGUCAAUGCUAUAGAACAGGACUGCCUCACAGACGUUUCAGACGCGGAUUCGGACGCCGAAGGCGACGGCGAGGAGUAA